AUGGUGUAUGGUAUUACGAAAGACGUGUCUGGCCUUGAUGUUCGUGCCAGUGUUAAAUAUCCUCUUGUAAAUGUUGCUCGACACAGUGGAGGUCGGCGUGAAAAUCGCCUCUGCAGAGCUUUCCAGGGACAAACAUGCUCUAUAAGCCUUGCUGUUUUCCUGCUGGUGACUCAUUCCGCUUUAUCCGAAUUUUACGCUUCGACACACAACGACAUUCUCUCGGCUAUCACAUGGGCGACCCUUGAUUUCGACCAGGUGGGUGCACCUGACCUGGGAUUCCCUAGAGGCGCGAAUGUGACCUCUGUUGACCUUUAUGACCUGAACAAUUUGACCGCGAGGAGCGUGCCAAGGAGACGGAGGCGUACACUGACGCUUCAGCCAGACGGUCCUGCGUCUUUUGUGAUGUCCGUGAAGCUGGUAAUGCCCCUUCUGACCCUGACGGAGGACGCGAAGGUACAACUCGAACUCCCGAUCUCGAGAAACCUGGGCUCUCCCUGGGGCACGGCUCGAGAGGGAGGCGGAUGGAACCUCGAGCUGAGAGAGAUGGCUUCAAGCUUAGAGGAAAUGGUGACUAUGUUGGGUAUGGAUGGAAGAGCCUGCAUUCAGAGGGCAGUGUGUGAGCUGGCGGCCUCUCCUUCGCUCAAACCCCGAGGUCUUGUGGGCGAGAUGGUGCAGAUCUUCGUCAGACGCAUCUUAACCGAGUCGCGUGGAGACCUGAACGAAAUCGGCGAGGGGGAGAAGCAGGCAGCUCAAAAAGGCCAAUAUUCUGAAGCAGGAAGAUACGGCAGACGCGAGGGGACGUGUUGGCAGAGGUACUCGUUGUGUCCUCAUUCGCUCUUCAGUCUGCUGUCCAUUCAGUUCAUUAAUAAUCUUCACCUACAGUGUCAGUGGCCUGAGCUCCCUACUCAGUUCCCUCAGUACAUAAUAUUUGCAAGAGACAUGGCCAAAAUAUCGAUGUUCUUUUAA